AUGCUCAACUCGCCAGACGCCUUCGAGACGGCUCUGGCGUCCCACGAGCUAAGACCGAAGCGAGAUGACGAGGAAGGAGGGGAGUGGCCGGUGAGGGAGGCCAUCGGCAGCAUGAUGUGGGUGUCGACUUUCUCGCGUCCAGACGUCUCGUUCACCGUGUGUGCGGUAGCGCGCCACGCCCACGCCCCGGCGAAGAGGCACUGGGAUGCCAUCCAGAAGAUCCUCGGCUACUUGAAGGAGACGAGGGACCUCGGCAUUACCUACAAACGGGGAUCGGGGUUGGGGCUGGCCGUGUACGUAGACGCUAGCUACGCCGACACGGAGGAUAGGCGUUCGGUGUCAGGGUUGGCGACGACGGUUGGAGGUACCGUAGUCAGCCAAGCCGAAUACAUUGCUGCCGGAGAGGGCGUCAAGGAGGCGUUGUUUGUGCGUGCGGUGCUUUCGUUUGUUGCUCCAGAGACCAGUGGUAGCAGCAUCCAGGUCCUUGAGGACAACCAGGGGGCCAUAGCGUUGGUGCAGAACCUCCUCAGCUCAGGUCGCACGAAACACGUCGACGUGAGAUUUCAUUUCAUCCGCGGAUUGUUUAGGUCGGGGGAUAUUUCGGUCAAGUUUGUUCCGAUGGUUAGUUACUUGCGUGAAGAACCAGGGAGGGUGUUCGUGGGUCUGCGAACAUUGGUGUUGGAUGCAUGUGCUGUAUGAUGUGGUGUCACGCAGAUUGGUGAGAUUGCCGUUUGGUAGAGGGCACUGCGAUGAUUCACGGGGCCCCUCCUUGCUGUUGGAGACGCUCUGUUUGGAGCACUCCCUCUUUCGUCCGUGUGAAGGACGGUCGUCUACCUCUCGUGAAGUUAAUACAUCACCAAAACAGUCUCACCCGAUAAAUUGUUGGCGUAGGCCGCAAACAUAUCUUUGUGCGUAGGUGUAUGGGUUUUGUGUUUGUGUUUAUGGAUGUUUGUCUUUGUGUUUCUCGCUCGCCCUCUCGAUCUAGUUUGAGACUGGCUAUUGCUUCUGUAUGUUUCUAGCUCGCCCUCUCGAUUAUUUCGAGACUGGCUAAUGCUCCUUUAUACUUUUCGCUCGCCCUCUCAAUCCCUUUGAGACUUGCUCUUGCUUUUGUGUUGCGUACUUUCUCGCCCCCGUUUGUCACUUCUCGGUCGGUU